GGUGGGGCUCGUCCAAACUGGGCUUCUGUGACAGGCAGGAUCUCCUGGGAGCUAGGGGGAUUAAUGUAGGCUAACUGCCUUUGGCUCCUUCUGGGGCAGCAGGGAGCCCGGGAUGGGCAGGAGAACCAGGGUGGAACCAAUUAUACUGAGGAGGGCAAUCUGAGUGCAGUAGCAAAACCACUGACCAGGGAAGAUACAUUAGUGGUGCAGGAUGUAGUACACGUGUGUGGGUCUGUGUGUAAUGUAUUUACACACUACACUGUAUGUGGAGUCUAAAGAAUAGCUCAGAUAUCACUCUCUGAAAGGGUUCUUAAAGGGGUGUAAUGGCUAUGAUAUUGAUCAUUGAUAACCCUUAUGAAUGCUGAGCCCACUUUCGGUAAGUGUGUGACUUGACUUUUCACAUUCUCUUAUCGGCCACACUGGGGAGAUCAAUAGUUCCUUACUCAUGCCCUACUAAUGCAAGGUUCUCUAGCUCUCUCUUGCUCUCACUCAUUCACCCACUCACUCACUCACUCACUCAGCCCACGCCUCCCGGCCUGUUUACAGGGGAUUAGCUCCACCUCAGGGGAGAGAGCCAUGCAAACAAGGAAUCCAUGUCUACCUGCCUGGAAUAUCAACUGCAACCUACAAAAUACUGCCUUUUCACUGUUCAGAAAUGGCAUGGGAGCAGGGACAUUUGGAAUACAAUGGGAGACCAUCUCCACAAAUCUCAUUGUUACAUGCACCUUUGCAGGUGGGGACAAAAAGUAUUUCUCUCUCUCUCUCUCUCUCUCUCUCUCUCUCUGUCUGUUUGUCAGUGGUGGCCAGAGUAAUUCUCCCUGUAGAGGCGCUGUCAGGACCUGUGCUUUUUGACUUGGCUGGGUGGCUGGGUCAGUCUGUUUAAAAUGCAUUAGGCCUGUGUCGACAGGGCAGGGAGCAUCGCUCCUCUCUUCUGGGGGACAAAGACCCUUGAAAUUGGUGACAGCAUAGGUGGAUAAGGUGGCUGGCCUGUGCCCUUGGGUUUGCUGUGUUCAGUCAGAGGUGGUGGAGGAGGAGGGUGGCGUGUGUGUGUGUGUGUCUAGAUGGGCUGUUCCUGCUGCUGAACACAUAGUAAAAGCAGUAGAGGUGGCAUGAUCAGAGAGACACUGAAAUUGAUUUUUGAUUGCUUCAAAGUAUAUUUUUGGGAGAAAGGUAGGCUAAUACAUGACUAUUCAGUCCAGUUCUGAACGAUGUGACGUCCAUCACUUCCUCAUAUUGAAUGAACCAAUGAACCUCAUACCAAGGUAUCGGAGCAGAAUGUACUGCUCCCACUCCUCUCUAUCUCUCCCUCUUUCCCUGUCUACCAUAUCCUCUGUUUCUCUCUCCCUUUCUUUUUUCGUCUAACCCUCUCUGUUACCUGCUCCUCCACCCACUAGCUUAAUUACCAGGCUUCACAGUGAGUUUGUCUGGCAAGGCCUGAUUGCUCUGAAUGCUGGAGCUGAGGGAGGAGGAAGGGGGGAGGGGGAGAACGGAGGGGGGCACGAUAGUAGACCACAGCUCCAAUGAAGAACUGAGCCAAUUGGUUUGGAAUAGCAUUGUGGAGAAUCAGGAGCUAGAUGGCAGAUACACAGAGGUCAAUCUCCAUUGAACAGCUUAAUAUCGUUGAGACAUAAUGGACUGGUGAGCACCAGCUCUCACCACGCCGUCAGCUAUGCCCGCUGAAGGUAGCAUUUUCAUCCCGCUGACACACCAGGAGCAGACAGACAAACGGCAAUAGAGCAGCCAAGGCAGUCUCUUUGAAGGCUUCCUCUCUCCUCAAGGUUCAAAUUCACUGCACCAAUUAAAAACGCCACAUCAGAGCAACGCUUUUUCCCUUCACCAAUGUCUCCAUUUGAGCAUGCUCACAUUAUGGGGUGCCUUUGUUGAUGGCCCUCUUGUUUAAUCUCUCGAUAAACACAAUUGCAUAUUUAAUUGGUCUUGUUAUCUCUGUCACAGUGACACCGGUGUUUGUCUGUGAACAGCAGUGAGACAUUGUCACUCAGUUUGGGGUCUUUAUAUUCAUUAUAACUGAGUCAGUGCGCUAAGGGGAUUCACUGUCCCAGGCUCUGUGGCCCCUAGCUAAUAAACAGGGGUGUGAUAAUGGGUUAGGGAAAGAGGAAUGUGAGGAUUGGUUUAGGGAUGGCUGGGCCUGGCCGCUCCGUACUGUACUGUACAGGUCCUGAGGUUGCCCUGGCAACAGGAGGUUUGCUUCAGAAGGACAGUGGAACAUCAAUAAAAUAAAGGCCCUGCCUUUUAUAACAGAGAUAAGGGGGAUAAAUGCAGCUAAAGCAAUAGCUCUCUUAUUGAUGUGUGUGUGUGUGUGUGUGUGUGUGUGUUUCUCUGUGUGCCUGUUCGCAUUACUGCGAUGGAUUUCUCAUUAUUCCGUCAGGAGAGUUUGUGUCUUCUGUCUGCCUCUUAACUCAAUAUCAUAUGCAUAAUAGAAUUGUCUUGCAUAUAUAAUGUUUGACUGAUGACAUGGACCCGGCGCACUCCUUCUCAUUUUCUGCCUGUCUCUUUCUCUCUUGUUCUCUCUGUCUCUCUCUGUCACUCAUUGCUAAUCACUAAAUGCUAUUUGAUUUUCUUAUAAUGCUUCCUGGUUUAUUGAUCAGGUAAACCAGAGGCAACCAUUGUUUGCCUGCUCUUGAUAGCAAAAGAGUGUAAAUCAUUAUGCUUGAAUGGGGUGGAUAUGUUAACAUUGACUUGCUGUUGGGUGGCUGGUUGCAGUAUGUUAACUGACUGUUGUUUUUGUGUUGCAGAUUUACCGUCGCUGCUGGCUGGUGUUUAAGAAGUCGUCCAGUAAAGGACCACGCAGACUGGAGAAGUACACUGAUGAGAAGUCAGCUUACAUCAGAGUCUGUCCUAAGGUACCCCCCGAGAGUGCUGCAUGAUAAGUCACGUUUCAAUUGGCAAAUGUCAGUUUGAAGGAUGAUGUCUUUGUGUGGUGCGUAUGGUAUUACUGUGAGUGGGUGAUAUAUCUGAGGCUGUGUAAGUGUGUGUGUGUGUGUGUGUGUGUGUGUGUGUGUGUGGCAUUAGAAAGUCAGUCAUUCAGUCAGUCUGUUCUCUGAGCCCCCCUGUGCAGCUGCAGGGUGCAAACGUGCAUGUCUGGAGGGAUCAAUACACACACACACACACACACACACACACACACACACACACACACACACACACACACACACACACACACACAGGAGGCUGAAGGAGAUGAGAGUAACGCAGACGUUGCUCACAUCAAAGCCAGCCUCCCACUCCCAGCCAGAAACCAGGCCUCUCUGAAGUGUCUGAGGAUGGGGUGACCUCCAAAACAUCCCGCCCCCCACUACACCUGGCUACAACACUCCCUCUUCCUCUCCUCUCCUUUCUCUCUGAAAACUGAAUCCGACCAACCGGCAGCACAUCAUACAGUAUUUAGACAGCUUGUCUGACCCUUUCAACCUCUCUCCAUGUUUGUCUGACCUCUUGACCUCUCAUGUUGCCUAGGUGACAGAGAUCAGCAAUGUGAAGAAUGUAACAAGGCUCCCAAGGGACACCAAGCGCCAGGCGGUAGCCAUCGUCUUUACCGAUGACACCUCGCGCACGUUCACCUGUGACUCAGGUACUCCACACCACACCUACUGUAUUGCAAUAGAUGUUUUCUCACAGUGCACAAUCCUCUAUGAAGUUUCCUAUUUUAUGACGUCGUUCUCUGCAUCCCCAUUGGUCUAAACUCAGAGCUAGAAGCAGAGGAGUGGUUCAAAACCCUGUCAAUCGAAUGCCUGGGGACCCGCCUCAAUGACAUCAGUCUAGGAGAGCCGGACCUGCUGGCGGCAGGUGUUCAGUGUGAACAUACAGGUGAGUGUCUGUCUCACUAGCACCAUGACACAGUCCUGCUCCACUUUGCUUUACUUUGUUUGCUCAAAGUCCUUGUGCAAUAAUUUCCUACAAUCGACAAACACUUCUGGAUCAUGAAUCGGAAGCUACAUACUUAUCUCUCAGCAUUCCAGAUCUGGAAUACUACAUUCAUCCUUUGUUCCCCACACGGACUUACCUGUUGCUGCUGACCAAGAUGACCAAAGGCAACACCGGUGACGAAGAAGAGGAAUGGGGACUCCAAGCUAGGCUGAAAAGAUGGGCUACACAGCCUCCUCUUCGUAGUAUCCUGAUGGCUAAUGUCCUAUUGCUGGAAAAUAAACUUUGUGAACUCAGAGCAAGGCUUCAAUCACAGAGGGACAUCAGGGAAUGCUGUCUUUGUUUUGACAGAGACGUCCCACUGGGCACACCACGUCAUUUCAACGUGGAAAUUUGUGUAAUAUAUGGUUGAGACAUUGAUCAAUGAGAUUUCAACCUUUAUUCACCAACUCAAAAAGACAGCCAGAAGGUUGUUGGAUUCCCAAUAAGUUAUCACUAUGCUUUCAACCAUCUAAAAGCACAACCAAAUUCCAAUGAAAAACAACAAUGUCUGAUUUAGGUUUAGUUGUCAUCUAAAUGUGUUGUCGCUGCGCUUUCAACCGUUUAAAAGCACAACAAAGUUCAAAUGGGAAUACAAUGGCAGAUAUUUUGUAUUUAUACAACAACUUAAUGUGUUAUCACUGUGCUUCAUCUAACAGCACAACCAAAUGACCUGGAUUGCAGUUGAGAUUACAUUAUAAGUACAUAGUGCAAGUGAUCAAUGGCUUUUGAGAUACUGUGCAGAUGAUUACAGCAAUUGUGAAAUCUCUACAGACCUUGCUAGCCUUUGCAUGCUGUCUUGAACAUGCACACUUUCUAUGAUUACAUAAGAAGACAUUUAUAGUUACAGUAGGCUAACCUCAAAAUGUGGCCAUGGAUGUGUUAGUCAUUUUAAGGUUGAAUAACUACUGUUACAUACAUUUGUAAGAUAGCCUUAACUUUAGGCUAUUUACUGUUUUACAAAAAUAUUAUUGAAUUGUGUUUGGUUGACAAUGUAACCAAAUAUAAACAUUUGAAGGAUAUCUAAUGCUUGGAUAGUUUCAUCUGAGCCACUGGCUUAAUCCUAUUCUUUAACUUUUAUUUUUGGUUUAGUUGGAUAUGUGAAUCCAACAUAUAAUUUGUUAACUUGUUGACAAGUUAAUAGGCUAUUUACUCUAUUGCAAAAGGGAUUUUGUAUUGUGUUUGGUUUUCAACAAAUUCCAGUUUGUCUACAAAUUAAUCAUGUAUAUGUUGGAUCCACAUCUCCAUCUCAACCAAGAAUCAAAGUUAAAGAAUAGGACUAAAUCAAAUCAAACUUUAUUUAAAGUGCAUUUAAAGUUUAUUUUGAUUUAGUCCUAUUCUUUAACUUAGAUUUUGGUUGAGAUGGAGAUGUGAAUCCAACGUAUGGAUUUAAAGCCAUACUAAGUCAGUUGCACAAAUGGAACUAUCCAAGCAGAAGAUACAUCUCCUGCAAAUGUUGAUAUUUGGUUGCAUUGACAACCAAACACAAUUCAAUAUCCAGUUUGUCUACAAAUUAAUAAUUUAUAUGUUGGAUUCACGUCUCCAUCUUAAACAAAAAUCUAAGUUAAAGAAUAGGACUAAAUCUAAUAUAAUCAAACUUUAAAUGUACUUUAAUUUGACUUACUCCUAUUCUUUAACUCCUAAGCUUGAAACACUAGUAGGCCUAGAUUAUAUGUAUUGUCUACUUUUAGUUUAACCGUGGCUUGAGUUGAAACAAUAGUGGGUGAUGACUUUGCAAAUGCUAUAUAGGCCUAAAUAGUAUAAUUGAUGUAUGAUUUAUAAAAUAUGGUUACAUUUAAUUUGCUCUUUGGAAUGAUUUUGAUAGCAACAGUGAAUAUAUUUAGGAAUUAAGAGGUCUCUUGAUUAUCAUUGCCAUGAUAGCACAUUGGUAGUAGUUAGUGAAAAAUGUAAAAGCUAAGCAGGCCAGGGCUUGGUUAAAACUCUGGCUGGGAGACCAAAUGAAUAGCUGUAGAUUGACUCUCCAGUAGGAGGUGCUGCCCAGCCUAUAGUUGUAUUUAUAUACAUAAAACGUUGAAAAUCAGACUUUGUUUCAAAGGUACAAAUUCAACAUAUUUUAUACACAGUUUGUCUAUGUUGAAAAUUGGUUACAAUAAUGGCAUAAUCCUGUGGUUGAAAUUUCACACUCAAAACAACAGUUUACAUUAGCUGGGUUUCCAUCUAAUUGGCGUCAGAAUUUCAUGUGGAAAUAAAAAAUCGGCAUAAAAACAAUAUGCGCAAUUUCCCACCAAAGAUGUUUCCAUCAAAUGGACAUAAAAAUUACCGUUACAAGUUAAAUGGGUUUCCAUCGCAUUUUCAACUCUGCUGAUGGUUUUGCCACAAAAAAUGUUGCAUUAUAGGCUAUAGCAAAUGUGCCCAGUCUGGUCUUGGCACGUGCGCCCUGUCGUGACAUUCUUUAUCCGACAUGUACUUUACUAAUAUUAAAAGAUUGGAUGGAAACCUGGUUAUUGAUCAUUGUUUUCAAAUCCAAUGUAUUUUCCACGUAGAUUCCACGUCACAAUACAUUGACAAAUUACGUUGAAACAACAUUGAUUCAACCAGUUUGUGCCCAGUGGGAUGGUUUAUGGAGACUCAACUCUGCUAUUCAACCAGACGGCUUUUCCAUUUUCCGUAUGGAACGAACGGCGGCUUCUGGUAAGAGCAGGGGGAGGUGUAUGCUUCCUCAUCAACAAUUCCUGGUUUACCAAAGUUGAAAACAUCUCGUUCACCUGACCUGGAGUUUCUGAUGCUAAAAUGCCAACCCCACUAUAUGCCAAGGGAAUUCACGUGUGUUAUUAUUACAGCUGUGUACAUAGCGCCACAAGCAAACACCAAGGUGGCACUCAGCAAACUGUACAUGAACAUUAGCCAGCAAGAAUCUUACCUGCAACAGGUAAUGGGGAUGAAGCACAUUUCCCGCUCAGCCCAGUCAAAACUGUUCCCUGCUCUGGCACCCCAAUGGUGGAACAAGCUCCCUCACGACGCUAGGACAGCGGAGUCACUCCCCACCUUCCGGAGACACUUGAAACACCACCUCUUUAAGGAAUACCUGGGAUAGGAUAAAGUAAUCCUUCUACCCCCCCUUACCCCACCCCCCCAAAAAAAUAAAUAAACAUAUUGUAAAGUGGUUAUCCCACUGGCUAUAAGGUGAAUGCACCAAUUUGUAAGUCGCUCUGGAUAAGAGCGUCUGCUAAAUGACGUAAAUGUAAAUGUAAAUGUAAGAAUCCUCACACCUGGAAGCAGUCUUUAUUGUCAUGAGUAAUUUUAACCAAGCAUGUUUAAAAUACACUAUCACCAACAUGUUUCCUGCCCCAUGAGAGGAAACAACGUGCUGGACCAUUUAAAUUAUAUACAAACAUCUGUGAUGCUUACAAAGCCAUCCCCCACCCCCACAUCGGCCAAUCAGAUCAUGUACACUACAUGGCCUGCUCGUCGAACAUCGCAUUCCAAAAUCAUGGGCAUUAAUAUGGAAUUGGUCACACCUUUGCUGCUAUAACAGGCUCCACUCUUCGGGGAAGGCUUUCCACUAGAUGUUGGAACAUUGCUGCGAGGACUUGCUUCCAUUCAGCCACAAGGACAUUAGUGAGGUUGGGCACUGAUGUUGGGAGAUUAGACCUGGCUCGCAGUCGUCGUUCCAAUUAAUCCCAAAGGUGUUCGAUGGGGUUGAGGUCAGGGCUCUGUGCAGGCCAGUCAAGUUCUUCCACAGCGAUCUCGACAAACCAUUUCUGUAUGGACAUCGCUUUGUGCACGGGGGCAUUGUCAUGCUGAAUCAGGAAAGGACUUUCCCCAAACUAUUGCCACAAAGUUGGAAGCACAGAAUCGUCUAGAAUGUCAUUGCAUGCUGUAGCGUUAAGAUUUCCCUUCACUGGAACUAAGGGCUCUAGCCCGAACCAUGAAAAACAGCCCCAGACCAUUAUUCCUCCUCCACCAAACUUUACAGUUGGCCCUAUGCAUUGGGGCAGGUAGCGUUCUCCUGGCAUCUGCCAAACCCAGAUUCAACAGUCACAAUAAAAAUUCAGACAUGCCACAACCAAAAACCCUGGAUGAACAGAAAUAUCCAUACCAUGCUGAGAGCCCGUACUGCAGCAUUCAAUGUCAGAAGAACGAACCCAGAUGACUCAGUGGCGCGCAAUGUGUACAAGACAAACACGUACGAGCGCCACAUAUCCAUUAGUGACGCACAAAGACAAUACAGACUCAAACUUGAAUUGAUGUUCGACAACUCAGACUCACGUCUCAUGUGGCAAGGAUACAGACUAUCACAGACUACAAAGGCAAAUCCAGCUGUGUGGUGCCCACCAAAGCCUCCCUCCCGACGAGCUUAACACAUUAUAUGCUCGCUUUGAGACAGACAAUACCAAGCCGUCCAGGAAGACUCUCGCUGCUCCAGACCACAAGGUGAUUUUGCUCUCCAAGGCUGACGUAAGGAAAACUCUCAAAAGAGUGAAUACUCACAAUACGGCGUCCUCAGAGUUUGUGCUGACCAACUGGCGGGUGUCUUUUCUGACAUCUUCAACCUGUAUUCCCCACCUGCUUCAAGGAGACCACCAUCAUCCCAUUGCCAAAGAAAAACAAGGUGACAUGCCCAAAUGACUAUCCGUCCGUAGCACUCAUGAAGUGCUUCGAGAGGCUGGUCAUGGCCCACAUCAAGGCCAGCAUGGCAGGCACACUGGACCCACUCUAAUUUGCCUACCACUCCAACAGAACCACGGAAGAUGCCAUUUCCAUUGCUAUUCCACACGGACGUAACACAUCUGGACAAGAGGAACACCUAUGUGAGGAAUGCUGUUCAUUGACUACAGUUCAGCAUUCAACACUAUAGUUCCCUCCAAACUCGACACCAAGCUCAGAGCCCUGGGUCUGGACACCACUCUCUGCAACUGGAUCCUGGACUUCCUGAUGGGCAGACCGCAGGCUGUAAGAUAGGCAACAACACCUCCUCCACACAGACUCUUAACACAGGGGCCCCCCAGGGGUGUGUCCUCAGCCUUCUGCUGUACUCCCUGUUCACCCACUUCGUGGCUUUGCAUGGCACCAACUCCAUCGUCAUGUAGGAACCAAAAAGUGUUAAACAAAUCAAAAAUAUUUUAUAUUUGAGAUUCUUCAAAUAGCCACCCUUUGCCUUGAUGACAGCUUUGCACAUUCUUGGCAUUCUCUCAACCAGCUUCACCUGGAAUGCUUUUCCAACAGCCUUGAAGGAGUUCCAACAUAUGCUGAGCACUUGUUGGCUGCUUUUCCUUCACUCUACCAUCCGACUCAUCCCAAACCAUCUCAAUUGGGUUGAGGUCGGGGGAUUGUGGAGGCCAGGUCAUCUGAUGCAGCACUCCAUCACUCUCCUUCUCUCCUAAUAAUAUCCCUUCCUGUCUCCCUGUCAGAGCGUUUCAAUGUGUUCCUACUGCCCUGUCCUAACCUGGACAUCUAUGGGGAGUGUAUGAUGCAGAUCACCCAUGAGAAUAUCUACCUGUGGGACAUCCACAACCCUCGCACCAAACUGGUCACCUGGCCGCUCUGCUCCCUGCGCCGCUACGGAAGAGAUGCCACGCGCUUCACCUUCGAGGCUGGACGGUGAGGGAGCGAGGGAGGGAGGGAGGGAGGGAAGGAGGGAGGGGUAUGGAGAGUGAGGGAUGGGGAGAAGAACGCAAAGCUGCAGAAAAGCAGGACUGUGUAACCAGUUGUCUGUGCCUAGCCCAUAGAUAGCUUGGUGAAAAACACAUACAGACCACAUACACGCAUGCUCGCACUUGCGCGCGCGCACACACACACGCAGACGGACAGGAGCCCUGUCCGGCAGAGCCUCAUAAAGAGAUUGAUUGAAUAGAUUAGAGGAAAGGCGUUCUUAUCUCCUCCUGCGCUUUGAUAAACUUGAAAAGAAAGGAUUCGGUCCACUUGCAGGGUGCCCUCCAAAGGACAAAGAUAAGGGUGAUGUACUGUCAGUACGGAGAACGUAGUCCCACACUGCCCCCUAUUGGUGGUUAGGAUGCAUUAUUAUUGGCUGUCAAUUGCUUGAGAACAAUUUGUGGUAAAUACAGUGUGCCUGCAAAAGGACUGUUUGCAAAAACAUAUCUAUAUAGGAUGAAUUGUUGAUAUGACCUAUAUUAUGGCCUGUAUGCACAUGCAUGUUGUACUGAGCAGUGUGUUUUGGUGUGUUCCAGGAUGUGUGACAGUGGAGAAGGCCUGUACACAUUCCAGACGCGGGAGGGAGAGCAGAUCUACCAGAGAGUCCACUCCUCCACCCUGGCCAUCGCUGAGCAGCACAAGAGAGUUCUGAUGGAGAUGGAGAAGAACAGCAGAGUAAGGCACAGUUACACACACACACACACACACACACACACACAGUAUUCUCCCGGGUGGUUAUAUAAUACUGUGUUUUCUAUGUAUUUUCUGUCUCUGUCAGUUGUCUAAAGGUUCUGAGGCGGGCUCCUACCCCUGUACCCCCACGGCCAUCCUGCCCCGCAGUGCCUUCUGGCACCAUAUCACUGGCACCCAGGGGGGCAUGGACCCAGCCCAUGGUAAACCACAGCCUAGACUACAAUCUCAACCACACAGCACUGGGGCUAGAGUGGGAACAUUGGUCUGAAUAUGGAAAGUGUAAACGUUUGAACAUGGGGUCUGGAGUUUAACGAAUCAUACAGAAGCUUAUGGAGUAGGCUGCACCUGUAGACAUGACUAUUUCUCGUCUGUCUCUUGUGUCUUGUCCUGUCCUGUAGGUGACAUGUUUGGUGGUUCUCAGACUGGCGCUGAUGCAGACCUGCUCUCCACCCGGCUGCCCUCAGAGCCACGCCACGCUACCAUGCCCCUGGCACACAGCCGACACUCCCCCGCCCGCUACCCCACCUACCCCAGCCAGUGAUCCCAGGGGUGCAUUGCAGACCGCUAGCCUCCUCCACCAUACCCCUACUCUGUACCCUGCACUCCUCCCAUUCUCCUUUCUCUGCAGUGCUCACCUCGACUCCACGCCCCCUCAUCUACCCUCCAGCCAAUCAGGGUGGGGUGUGGGGAGUGGGCUCUCCCAUGGGGUCAUAGGACCUCCCCUAAAGCUGGGAGCUCUGUGAAGCAGGACGUGACAGCACCUCUGGUCUUCUCUCUAGUGGACGAGCCAAAGGCUGGUUACCUGAAGGAACUCCCAGAAUCCCUCACUGUGGGGGCAAAGUGCAUUGUGCGAGCCAGCAGUGGCUUGUUGCCUCUUAGUGAGCUGACAUUGUGUCACGAUGCAUCUCUCUCUCUCUAUGCAUGGCCCCGGAGGAGGAAGAUGAACAGCUCUGCUGUGGGCAUAGAGGACAAACAGGAGGAGGAGGGGUGUGAGCUUUAAGGAUGUGAUUUAGUGGGUGUCCUCUCUUCUAACCCCUGUGAUUUAUUAAUUUUUCUGACGGGAUUCAGUCAGCUCUCCAUCACCUCAACUCCCUUCGCAACAGACCUCUACAUGUACCUCAUGCCAGCUCUUAGCAAAGUUCAAUGUUAGGGGCUCAGGACGUCCCCAUAUAGCUCUUAUUUGGGGGCAGAACAGAAGGACCCCUUCCUACCAUCCCUGCUCUCCAGCAUGAUAGUGAUUGUGGCUCUCGCUCCAACCCAUAACCUCAAUCUGACAGACACGUAUGUAAGACAAAAGUUUCCUCCCAAGAACUGACCUUGGCUUCCUUCUUCAACUCUGUGUGUGUGUGGGUGGAAGAGGGACUGUCCCUGGACUAUCAUCCACCAAACACCUGGUCUAAUUCCACAGAGAAACAAAGGACCACUUGUCUUUCAUCUUUCUUUUUAAAAAACUUGUAGCAGACAUAACAACCUGACUUUGCCUUGUAUUCUGUUCUGUCUGAUAAAGAAAAUAGACAUAGACUUUUCUGGGAGGAUAGAGAGAGGCAUGAUGAGAGAGAGGGAGGGAGGGAACCGUCGAACCAUAUGCCUCUGAAGUUGUGACUUUGUUUGUUGUUUUCUCUUGGUUUCCUGCCAUUGGGUUGUGAAGCCAUCCAGGGCUGUUCAUAAUAUGGUAAUGGGAACCCUGUCCUCUGUGUGUGUGUACUGCAUGAAUGGGAUACACAGUUACUGACAUUUGGCCACUUUAAAAAAUGUUAAGAGAGAAUUUAGACAUGGUAAAUAAUAAGCUAGAUUUUAAAAUGUAGACGUCACAAAGAUGUAGCCACUCCCUCAAACCUCAUCAUUAUUAUUGUAGAGAUCCUUGGUCUGAGGGAGACACCAUAGGCUGUGUCAUAGUGUGGCUCCUCAGUUAGUUUCCUCAUUGAGAUUCCUGUCAGGCACAAGUGCAUAAUGACCUAGUGAAGUUGUGAUAAUCAUUAUUAAUGUCCUGUGUUUUUAGUUUCACAACAUUCUGGUGUGUGGGGUGGGUUACCGCCUGACCAAAAUGGUUCUGGACAUGUUUGCACUUUUUUUUCUUAUUUUUAAAUGUGUUUUGAUAAUUCAGGAGCCAUUGCUCUUAAUUUGGGUCAUGUGAGGGAUAAGCACAGAUCUAGGGUGGGUUGGUUAGUUACCUGCCUCAGAGGACCCUCACAUGGAGUCCUUUUAUUUUAGGACUGUAGCCUAGAUACUGCUGGUGGUUAGUUAGUAGAUGACUGUUGCACAAAGAGAGAAAAACAUGUUUUUAAUAGUUGGAAGGAUAAAACCUGCCCUCUACACAGUUCUGACAUCAGAUUGGGCUUAUAACUAAUAAUGCUAAUUAUUUAAACCCCAUCUCAACAUUAGCAGAUUUGACUGACUAUGAACUAAGACUUUCCAACUGUGUAUUCAUUUGUGACACUUGGAUAUAACCCAACUAAUGCACCCUGUUGUUAGAGAUGGGACUAAUAUGAAUAUAUAUAUAUAUAUAUAUAUAU